AUGGCAAGUUUAAGCCCACAGGUGUUUUGUCCUGUUGAUUUGAUGGACCAGAUUAAACAUACAAAGUUCUCACUAGCUGGUUAUGUUCAUAUAAAGACUGGGAUAAACAGGGAUUGGCAAAGAACAUGGUUUUUGUUGGAGAAUAGGAAAUUAAUAUUCAUAGACAAGGAGGAAACAGAGAGGGAUCAGGAUAGCUUAGAUCUUAGAAAAGUCAGCAGUAUUACCAAAAUUACCCAAACUCAGACAGGAUGUGAGUCAUGUUUGGAAAACAGUGGACCACAGUUUGUACUCAAAUCAGGGGAGACAAUGCUGUAUAUACAAGGUGAUCUCAUAAAAGAUACAGAGAGAAUAUUUUCUGCUCUAGAAACUGCAAUUAAGAAAGGUGGAGAUAUCCUUGAAGAGCAAGCUUUGACUAAUGAUGAUGUCCCGAUAAUAAUAUCAACAUGUAUAAACUUUAUAGAACAGUAUGGAUUGAAAAUGGAUGGUUUAUACAGGAAAGCUGACACAGAGUCCAAAAUAAAAACAUUGUUGCGUAACUUCCAAGACGAUGCAAGAUCUGUAGUGCUGCGUUUAGAGGAGGAAUCUGUGCACCUCGUGUGUAACGUGCUGAAGAGAUUCUUACGUAAUUUAUCUGACCCACUUCUUACUGCUCAACUAUAUAGAAGAUGGAUACAGACAGCUGCUGAGAUAGACCACAAUGUAAAGUUACAAUGGUAUAAAUAUUUACUGCAACAGUUACCUAGAAUCAACUACCUCACUCUUAGAACUCUAGCAUCUCAUCUUAGCAAAUUGUCCAAACAUUCUGAUGAGAACCUGAUGAAUCUACACAACAUAUCAAUAGCUUUUGGAUCAACCCUUAUGAAAUCGGACAAAGCAGAAGAUCAGACAAUAAAUGUGAGUGCUGUAGGCAGUUCUAUGCAGUUAGAGAUGAAGGUGAUAUCAGAUAUCGUAGAUUAUCACGAGUGGUUGUUUGAUAUCAAAGCUGAUGAGAAAAAGUCCAAUAGUAUAGAAGACAGGAUUAAAGAAGCACAGAUGAAAAUGGAGGAAUGUAACAAAAAUAGAAAGACAAUUGUACAGACCAAUGAUAUGAUGAUAUUUGUUUAUCAUAUGGAUCCUAAAGGCAAUGCAGAAUCAGUCUGGAUUAACAAGGACAGCACAGCUGCGGAUGUUGUCCAUACACUGACCAGUAAACUUAAACUGACCACUGGCUCUUGGACACUGCAUGAAAUAAUAAAGAAUGAACUUGAACGUCCACUACACCCAGAUGCAAAGCUGUGGCCAUUAUUGAAUGAAUGGCAAAAUUGGUCUAGUGAUUACAGGGCUGCUGCUGUACUUUGUUUGAAGACCAGUGAACUCAGAGUAAAGCUAGAAAAUGCUUACAACCCCAGCAAGCCAUUAUUUGCUGAGAUGAAAUAUUGUGAUAAGAAGAAGUUUUCAAAGGUGGCAUUUGAAUUUACACAGUUUAGAUUGUCCUGUUAUAAAGACGCCAAGGCAAUGGGUAAACCAAUAGGGAGAUGGAACAUUGAAGAUCUCAGUAUAUACAAGGGAUGUGAUUCUAAAAGGUCUUCUCCUACAAAACAUUCUUUCACAUUUAUUGUAAAGGGAGAUAAAGUUGGGGAGAGUGAUCUACCAUAUUUUGGACGUGCUGUUUGUUGUCAAUCAGAAGAGGAAUUAUUGUCAUGGCUGUCUGGACUUCAUAUGUCACAGAAUCCUGGUAGAAGUAGUUGAAUGGAAUAAUGCUUUACAGGACUGAAGUGAAGGGAAAAGUGCAAUCUAAAAAAAGAUGAUGUUCUUCCAUUGAUGCAGUAAAUUCAUUGUUGGUCUGCCCAAAGGAUUUCAGACAUGUAUAAUAUGUUGGUCAUAAUGUGGACAAGAAAAAUGAAUCUUGUGAUGGUAUUACCUAAGUAAUAAGGAGAGGUGAACAUUCUUAGAAUGUUAUGUGAAUUUAGUUGUGUAAGAUAUACAGAAAGUGACCUAGUGUCGAACAUUUCAAAGCUUUGCAACUGUAUUUGUAGACGUUCUGAAUAUAAAUAUGAAUUAGUUAAAGAAUUAUAUGACAUUCCAUCAGAGGUUAAUGUAACUGAAUGAUAUAUCUGUAUGAUUCCUUAUACAGCAUUGUCAUAGGACAUUAAAUGUGUGAUGUCUUUUAAUGCUUGGAGGUUAGGAGAAGGGGAGGUCGGCGGGGGUACAAUUUUAUUUUUCUUAAUUGAAGUCUUUUUUUUUUAAAUACAAUUAAACAUUUUAUUCUGACAUUUAAAUGAGGAUUGGCUAAAAUAGUUUUUUAUGAACAAUACUUUAUUUGGUAUAUAUAUAUACUUAAAAGGACCAGUGUAUGUUUUUAUUUAAAUUGAUAUCGUUUAAAGAUCUUUUUAACAUUGCUCCAAGGCAAACUUAUAAAUGAAACCCAUUAAAAAGUGUAAAAAGUGUUGUUUUUUAUAGUGCUGGUGUAAAUAUUGAAAAGGGAUCAAUUUUACUUUGUAUAUAUAUAUAUAUAUAUGGGGACCAUAGGGUAUUGGGAACAUGAAUGUUUAUGCAAUGUUACAUUUUAAAUUGUUAUGUCAUUUUAUAUUUUAUAAUGAUUAUUAUAAAAUAAUGUUUAUUUUAUAUAAUAUUGUUUAAAAUAAUAUCAUGUUUGUUUAUAAUUUAAAACUUGUUAAACAUGGAAGUAUUUUUGUGAAAAUUUUCAGUGCAGUGAUGAAUGUAUAUUGUGCAAUAAUUGCAGAAUAAUGUAAUAUAUUUAGAUGACAUACCUGGUUAUGUCCCCUUUUUAUAUGCAUGUGUUAUAUAGAUAGUGUCACAAAUAAUU